AUGUCACCCCGGGAUGCAGGCAUCCAGGCGCUCGCGCUGCGGAACGUCUCCAAGUUGGCAGCGUGCGACCCCUUGCUUUCACAGGCUGUAAUUUCGUGCGGCGUGCUUGACAGUGUGGUGCUGUCCAUGCGCCAUGAGAGCGCCCCCGUGCAGUCGGGAGCUAACAUGGUGCUCGCGUCUGUGGCGGGGAGCUCAGUGGACUUUGCGAGGAGAGUCCUGGAGGCGGGUGCCAUGCCGGGCAUUCUGACGCAGCUACGCACCGGCACAGCGGCCGUCAAGGAGAGCGCCGUGCGCAACCUCAACUCGCUUAUCGGCUCGCACCGCGACCACGCGGGCCUGAUCGCGGACGAGGGCCUGCUGUCGCUGCUGGUGGCGCUUCUGAACGCGCAAGACUCGCCGCACUCGCUGUGCAAGGCGGUGGUGCACACGCUAGCCACCACGGCUCACUACGGGCCGGACAUGGCGGCGGCGGUGAUCAAGGCGGAGGCAUUACCGCCGGUGAUGAUGUUGGUCCGCGGGGCCAUCACAACCCCAGAUCUGCGUGCCGCUGCCAUCAACUGCCUGGCGCACAUCGCGGCCCACAACGAGGACCUGGCGACGCAGGUGGCGGAGCCGUCUCUGGUGGAGUCCGUGGUGGCGCAUUUGGCGGAUAAGAUGGUGCCGCCUGUCAGGCGUGCUGCCGCGGCCUUGCUGUUGCAGCUGGGGCGCAAGACGCCCGCGCUGGCAGCACAUGUCUGCGCGGGCGGCUGUCCCACUGCGUUGACCAAGUUCUUGCAGAUGGAAAAGGAGGGUGAUGGCUGUAGCACAGGUGUGACGCUGGGGGGCACCCUGGCUAGCUACAGCCCAACCACGGCCAAGGCGGUGGUUGACGCGGCUGUGGGGGCGGAGGUGGUACAGGCGCUGCGCCGCGGAGACGGUGCAGGUACCAGCACCAGCAUUAGCCCGGCCGCCAACCCCAAAGGCGGCGCAACGCUUAAGGGAACGUUGACAAAUCGCGGCGCUUCUACGGCCAAGGGCAUGGCAGCCGUAGGCGACGCCACCGGCAACAUUGCUACGGGGCCGCCAUUGAGCAUUCGAGUGGCAGCUGCAUGGGCCCUGGAACAAAUGGCGCAACACGGGGAGGAGACGACGAUGCCACUGAUAGCGCAGGGUGCACUGGCGGCGGUGCUAGAGGGUUACAAGGCCUCGGCGGCCGGCGCAGUGGACGGCUCCGAUGAUACCGUAUUUAUACGCUGCAAGGCGGCUCUCAAGUCGCUCAUCCGCAACUGCAACAGCACGGCGCCCCUGGAGCCUCUGGUGGUGAACGGCACGCCGCCGGCAGUGCUGAAGCAUGUGUUGCGGCGCGCAGAGCCCCUGCUGGCGCGCGAUGCCAAGAGCCGGCAACAGUUUGUGACGAGCGGGGGCCUGAUGCGUUUGCAAGAGCUUGAGGGACAGCUGUGCGGCAAGGGGCAGGCGUACCUGCAUGCCAUUAAUGCGCUGUUCCCGGCGGACGUGGUAACAUACUACCGCCAGGGCGGCCACGGGAAAUAA